UCUCUCCGCGAGGAACUUUGGGGGAAAGGCAGCGGCGCGUCCUCCAAGUUAGCAGACAACGUCAAGAAGGUUGAUACUUGGCUUACAAAAGACAAAAGUAACAAUCAAAAUGCAGUAACACUCUGUCCUGACAUUCCGAGAAUCAUCGAAAAUGCGUUGAAGAAUGGUGCAUCUAUCGCGCUCGUAUCGAAACAUGAUAGCAAAGCAUUGGUAAACCGAGUGCUAUACUACUUCCAUGCCACAGAUCCAAGAGACAACAAACAGAAAUCCAUCAUAAAGAUGGUAAGAUAUGACGAAAUAGCAAUGGUAGGAUAUCAAUCCAAGACCAAGCACUUUGAGCGCAUUCAUGGGUGGAGCAAAUACGCGUACGAGGAUAUGGUAUGGACUUUUUUUGUCCAGUUUGUGCGUACCUCAAGCUCCAGCGUAGGUCUACUUUGA